CGCCAUCGAUGCCACAAUCGCAAACACAGUUAUCACCCACGAAGCUUCCAUCACAGCCGCAGUAGUUGCACAGUACCAGGCACGAUGCAUUCUUCUGCAGAUUGUUUCCACCCUCGAUAAUAUCGGAAGAGUUCGUCAGACUGUUGCGCAAACUGCUCUCCGCUGCGCUGGUCACGAACACGAGUAGCACCCCGAGACCCAACAUCGAAAUCAGGUACUUCAUAUCGUCGUUUUUAUCUUCGCACAGCUUCUUCAAACUAUGGAAAGCACCAAGAUGUCACGCUGCUUCUCCGGGCGGGUGGAAGUUAUAUAUCUUUUAAAAGAGCGUUUCCCAAAGAUCCAGCAGUUCAGUUUUAGCUGACCCAUCAACAACGGCGGCUGCUGAGUGAGGUCUUUCCGAUUGUUGUGAAAACAUCUUCGCAGUGCAACAGCUGGUGGGUUGCAACUUUCUGAACUGCGUAGACGCAUGACCAGAGGUCCUUCAGUGUAGUUGCGAAAUCAUGGGAAAACUGUGGCCGUGGUUUGUAAUGAUGUGUGGACUAGUGUUAGUUUCUGGGACCACUGAGUCGACCGACCAUGCCGAAAAUGACCAAUUUUCACUUAUGGGAGAAGUUCCCAACGAAGGAGUUUGGAGAUUUACUUGUGACGAGUAUUGUUACUACUGUGGAUGCGUUGGACAAUUUCUUCAUGAUGAAAACAAGUGUGUAUGCAGCUGUGAACCAGGAGCUGCGGAUUGGGACUGCCUGGAAGACGUGAAGCAAACGAAGGAAUUUCUCGGUUUGAACUACACUCUGGAAGUACGAGAGAAUGAAUCAAAUCCGGUGGAAGAUACUGCAGAAUCGAAUGUGAGAGUUCAACGUGAGAUCGAUCCCCCUCCUAGGCGUCGUCCGAUGGGUCGCAGGAAUCCCAGACCAAGUCGUGGCGAGCCUCGAGUUUCACCGAACCCUGAGAGACCCAACAGGCGACGUCGUGAGCGUAGACCGUUUCGGCGCCGGGAGCCGUUAGCGCCUACGGAUCCUUAAUUUGAACGGUAUUGGGAAAGUAACGCUUAUGGAAAUCUGCUAAAUGUGAGUCCUGAAUCUGUUCAAGUAGAAAUCCAUAUUU